AUGCCUUCGAUCCACCACCUCCGAGCUCGGGCUACCGACAUGCCCGCCGACGACAGCUCCGACAGCAUGAUCAACCUCAUGCUCGUCGUCCUCGGCAUUGCCUUCGUCGCCCUCAUCCUCAUCUCCAUCCUCUUCUUCCUCCGCCGCUCCCGCCGCAUGCAACUCAUGCGCGAGCAGGCCCAGGGCGAGAAGGACGACGGCCUGCCCCCGUACUAUGACAACAAGCGCUACAACAACCCCCGUGGCCUUACCAUCGAGACGACGCACAACGGCCGCUCCAGCGUCUUCAUCGUCGACCGGAACGGUCGCCCCAUGCUCACCAACCCUAACUCGCCUCCUCACUCUCCUGACAACGUCCCUGAGAUCCACAUCACCUUCCCUGACGAGCAGGAUGACCAAGGUCGCCCCAAGAGUGGCCGCGUUCUUGUCGUCCGUGUUGGCGACAACUCCGCUGUCGGCCUGGAGCCCAUGAACGACGAGCAGCUGCCUGCUUAUGAGAAGGAGGCCAAGGGCCAGUUCUACUCCAUUGAUAUGAACCAGAUUGGUGGCCUCAAGGAGAAGGAUCGCUCCCAGUUCCAAUAA